AUGGCGUCCGACAGUGCCGCCAGACGCUCGCAGCAGCUCGCCGUGGUUUCCGCGUCCGCGGAAGCCGCCGCAGUGGACAUUGCGCCUCCCUCCUCCGGGCUUGCCUCGUCACCUCCCGCCGCCAUUGUCGUUGCGGCGCCAGCUGCUGCUCAACCGCCGCUAUCCGAAAUACAGGUUCCGGAGGAGGACGAGCGGCUUGAGCCGUGGCUGGCGCACGUGUCGGUACUCGUGCACCUCGCCACCUUCGCCAUCAUCGGGGUGCUGAUCCGGUACGGGCUGGAGGUGCUGUUCGGGCAGGAGGUGGCGCACGUGACGGACGACGAGCAGACCGUCUUCAUCGACCUGCCCGCCAACAUCGCGGGCAGUUUCAUAAUGGGCAUGGUGGGCGUGGCGGCGAAGCGGCACAUAGCGGCGUAUUCGGAGCACCUGGCGAUCGGGCUCUCAACGGGGCUGUGCGGGUGCAUCACGACGUUCGCGUCGUGGAAUCAGCGCAUGCUCGCCAUCCUCGCCUCCGGCCUCUGGGUGCGCGCGCUCGCCGGCUACAUCGUCGGUGCCGCGCUGCCCUUCGUGUCGCUCAUGGCGGGGAUCGACUUGGCGGAUGGCAUCAAGUGGCAGAUCAAGCGCGCCAACGACCGCCGCACCGCGCACGGGAAACCACCCCUGCGCGCGCCACGCGGGGACCACUUUGACCGGCGGUGGGCGUCGCUGCUGCUCUUCUUCUGCCUCUCCGUCUUCCUCGUCACCGCCGCCGCCAUCGGCACCGCGCUCGACGACUGGUCGUCCAAGACGCGCCGUCUCUGGUUUGCGUGCGUGGUGGCGGCGCCGGGCGCGUGGCUGCGCUGGUACCUGUCGUGGUUGAACGGCGGGGCGGUGGGCAAGGGGCGGUGGUGGCAGUGGGUGCCUGUGGGCACGGUGGCUGCCAACGUGAGCGCGUCCGUGCUGGAGGCCGCCCUCUCUACCGUCGUGCUCACUUACAACAACGAGGUGAGUGUGCUGGCGGUGGGAGCGCUACAGCUGGGGUUCCUGGGGUCACUGAGCACCGUGUCAACGCUCAUGGUGGAGGUCCUCGCGCUGCACAAGGCCAAGACCGGCCGCUGCUGGCGCCCCUACUUCUACCUCUACUGCAUCACCAUCCUCCCCUCCUUCCUCAUUGGCAUACUCGUCUACUGCGUGCCCGUCUGGGUGCUCGACUACACCUCCAAAUACAACCACUUGUAA